ACAAUGAUCAGUAUUUUUAUUCUUGGGGCCAUUUCUGUGGCUUCUGGGUUUGAAAUAGGAAAAUCAGCUUCAAGCUUCGUUGUGCCUUCAUUCUCCUCACCUGGUGGAAUCAACUCUAACAAAGAAGUUUCCGAGGUCAAGUCAGACCUUGCUUCUGUGAAAUCCCGACAAGAAGAAACUGAUGAGAAGUUUGACAAGAUCCUGGAGCAGAUGCAAAGUAUUAAAUCUGGUACCAAGGGAGAGGAAGGUACACACGUAAUUCUCGCAACGAAGACAAGACCAGAACAGCAUAUUAUGUGGUUCAGUGUAACCCUUGAAUCUGUACCGACAUUUCCGAUUCACGGUGGUAAAGGAUUGCAGCUAAAUCGUUUCAUAAGCCUGGCUGCCUAUUGACUCCUGAACCCACACAUCAUUCACUUAGAUGUGGCGGUUGACGUUCGCUCAGGGUUCACCUGAAGUUUCUUUUACUGGACCAAAUAAGUGUCCAAAAUAUAAAUUCGAUUUGUUUUCAAUACACGUAAAUAACGUUGGAACCCGUUUACAUCGAAGUGGAAAACUGUG